GAGAAAGCCCAUCUCUAGGAGGGAGGAGGGAAGGGUGGUCUCAGUUCUCAGCUAGGAGGCUACUGUAGUCCUCUACACACACACACCAUUCACAGACAUCUCUGCGCGCGUGGAACCGUCUCCAACCGUCACGACAGAGCAGCCCGCGUCCGCUUCAGCCAAUCGAGAAAAACCAAAAAAAACAACAACCCAAAAAAAGAGGGAUACGAGAAGAAGGGUGGGAGGGAGAGCACGCAAAAGAAGAGGUGAAGAGCCACAGAAGCAAAACACAAACAUCGCUGUCCGUCACUCUGACGUCUCCCCUCAUGCACCCGCUGUGGCGUGUGUGAGUGCAAGAGGAAAGAAGGAAGGAGGAAAAAGAGAAAAACCCGUGGAGCUCCAGCUCUCUCCUUGCUCCACAUCUCUGUCAUUUCGCCCUCUUGUGCGCAAAGGCAAGUUCCUCCCGGCAAAAUGAAAGAGAUGCUUUUAGUGAAUUCUCCUCCGAGAGGGGGACAAUGAAGAGGAAGGGGCGACAACACAGCGGGGAGCAACACAGGAUUUCUAGAAUGAAUUGAUGGCUUUCUGCUGCAUGCGCUGGGAACAGCACUGAAGUCUGUGAAUCAAUGAGGGGCUGGCCCUAAGGACAUGAAAACACAGGGCGAGUGUGGAUGUCACCCAUGUCAGAGCCUUCGGUGCGUUUGACCUGCCUUCCAUCGCACACAUCCCUGCUCCCCAAGCGGCACCAAUUACAGGCGGGCUCCACACAAAGACCUGCCACUGUAAAGGACUGGGCCGAGGCGAAGAGGGACAGAAUCUGCUAGAGGAGGGGCCGUUUUUGUUUUUUUUGCAGGGGAGAGACAGAGCGUUGUUUGGUUGACUGUCUGUGUGGCUCUGAACUAGAAGACCGUCUGAUCAAUAACGAGGAAGCCUCUCUGUAAAUCCUUUUCUGGGCUCAUCCAAGGGUUAUUCCAUAAAGCAACAGCGUUACGGAAUGAAAAUUCUCUGCAGCAAGAAGAAAGCAGGAAACGAUGACACACCGCGGAUAGCAUCAACGGUGGACAGUCAACCCAGCGUCCAGUGUGCAACCCGCAUGUGCAUCCAUAGUGGAGCCAUGAUUCAGUUCUAACUGUGGGUAAUGCCAAGCAGUUUAACCAAUCCUGGAGAUGCCGAAGAGAAGAGAUAUUCUUGCCAUCGUACUGAUUGUGUUACCCUGGACUCUGCUCAUCACUGUUUGGCACCAAAGCGCAAUCGCUCCACUGCUUGCCAUCCGCAAGGCCUGUCACCACCUAGUAAAAGAGAUCUUUAUCAUUCCAGAGAGGCUUGCAGUCCACCACCAACGUCUCUCAGAUUCGGGUGGCGAGGGCAAGAGGGAGGCUGGCGGUCAGGACUCCAAAGAAUACUGUGCUUCAGACAAAGACAUUGUGGAGGUAGUGAGGACGGAGUAUGUGUACACACGGCCUCCCCCGUGGUCUGACGUGCUCCCCACAAUCCACAUCAUCACCCCCACAUACAGUCGGCCUGUGCAGAAGGCCGAGCUGACACGGCUGGCAAACACUUUCCUCCAUGUUCCCAACCUGCACUGGAUCCUGGUGGAGGACUCCCAGAGGAGAACGCCUCUCGUCACGCGCCUCCUCAGAGAGACGGGGCUGAACUACACCCACCUCAACGUGGAGACCCCCAGGAACUAUAAAUUACGGGGUGACACUCGGGAUCCCAGGAUUCCAAGAGGAACGAUGCAGAGGAAUCUGGCUCUGCGGUGGCUGAGGGAGACCUUCAACGCCAACAACAGCCAAGCUGGGAUCGUCUACUUCGCUGAUGAUGACAACACGUACAGCCUGGAGCUGUUUGAGGAGAUGAGAUCAACUCGGAAAGUUUCUGUGUGGCCUGUGGCUUUUGUGGGGGGGUUGCGGUACGAGUCCCCCAAGGUGAAUGCAGCCGGGAAGGUCUACGGCUGGAAGACAGUGUUUGACCCCCAUCGGCCAUUUGCCAUCGACAUGGCCGGCUUUGCCAUCAACCUGAAGCUCAUCCUCUUCAAGCCGCAGGCAUACUUUAAGCUCCGCGGAGUGAAGGGGGGCUACCAGGAGAGCAGUUUGCUCCGAGAACUCGUCACCCUCAAUGACCUCGAGCCCAAAGCAGCCAAUUGCACUAAGAUAUUGGUUUGGCACACAAGAACAGAGAAGCCCGUCCUCGUGAACGAGGGGAAAAAAGGUUUCACGGACCCAAACGUGGAGAUUUGACCGCUUACCCAAGAGUACGUGGCGGCUGGCCUCGGAUCCACUAAGGGAGAAAUCUGUUGAGCUUCACAGAGGUGCAACCAGUGCUUUAUCCCAACCAUCAGGAAAAUUGGGAAUGUUGAAUAGCAAUUUUUCCUCUAGAAUGACACUGACACGUUAAAAAACAAAAACAAACAAAAAAAAAAAGCGGACAAAUAUACAUCUAUAUCUUAUGAAAGCACAGCUUUGUAAGAGGCAGCCGUCUUUGUUCGAGUCUUCAGGAGAAGAGAAGACAGAUUUCCUCACAGAGUCCACUGAGCGACAAAUGACAGAGGAGAAAAAAGACAGCACAAUAGGAAAAGCAUACAACACAUUCAAGCUAAAAAAAAACAAAAAAUCCUUGACCUCAAAUGAAAAAACAAAACCUGCAAAUGAAACACAAGCAGGCCUGGGUUUGCAGAUGGCACACAAGAGAAGCUCCACUUGGAAUUGAAGGACUGCAUCAUCAGCCUUGAAGGAAAACAAGGACUUCCCAUGUGGAUUUUUCCAUCGGAAUAACACAAACAGCAAAUGAAGGAAUGUUCUUUUGAUAACUAGAAUUGUGUGCUUUAAUUAAACUGGUUUAGGCAUCUUACAAACAUUUGAUCUGCUAGUUCAGCACUCUUAACACCAUUUACUGUUGUGUUGUCAUUUCCCAUUUUAUAGUGUCAUUCAGUGGAUGGACGCAUUUACAGAAAGCUCUAGGACAAAAUGCCACCUUGGAGCUUUGGGGGGGGGGGGGGGUGAACAAGAAACAUUUAAAGAUCAAAAUGGUGAAAGUCACUUAGUGCUACACAAAUGUUCACAGAGAAAUGGAGAAACAGAAAUACUCUAAUUGCUGUUUUUAUAGAUGAAAGUCAAACAGAAUCGUCUUUUUUUUUUCCUUCUUGACAAAGUUAAAGGCACAUCCAGACCAGGUUCAAUAAGAGAAUGAGUGGGGAUUUCAUUUUAAGUCAAGUUUGAGACAAAUAAAACAAAUAACAAAUGCUUACAUGGAGCUGUUGUUCAGGCUAAAUGAGGGGGAAAAGGGGAGUUUUGGUAAGUGAAAGCAUCUCCUUGCCUAUGCACAUUCAAACUACAGUCUGCACUGAGUUUAAGGCCAGAUGCGUGUAUUUAAAGAAGAAAAGACAGAAACGUAGCAACUGGAAGUCACAUAAACGAGAGAAAAAACCAUCUUUGAGAAGUAUUAUUUUGGAUGCAUGGCCCAAAUAAUGUGAUUUUUUUCCCACACAUUAAGUCAGGUGAAACUUAAAGGGGAAUUGACAAGCACAAUGAAAAUAAAGCUUAUUUUUUCAACGUUGCUUUAGGAGAUAUGCCUCAUACUAGAUGGUCAUAUCUUGGAGAUCCUUCUCUGGUGCACACACGGGUGUUGCGCCAGUGCGGUUGAGAACGUGAAGCUAUUUUAUACAUUAUGGCGUGAUAAGAUAGAGCAGCUACUCUGCUUCACAAAUCAUCACAUACUGGCACACACUUUAGCUAACGCUGUCCAGCAGCACUGGCAGAUGCCAGGCCUCCUCUGUGCGACCACUCCACCCCCAUGCCAAGAAACCUGAUCUAAACUGCUGCACUAUUUAAAAAAAAAGUCCUUUUAGGCCACAUUUUUGACUUGAUUUAGAUCAAUCUCCCUCACUGACUGCAUGAUACUAACAGGAUCAGCCAUUUCCACCACCAGUUAUCCUCCCAUUAUUUAUUCCAAAUCAGAUUUAAUAUAUUUAUUUAUAGAAGCAUAUAUGUAUUUAUUUGAAGUUUGGGUGUGCAAUUUCAUUACAGCGGCUGUUUCUUUCCAGCUGCUUUUUUUUCCAAAUCAACAGCAUGCUCACACACAUGGUUUAUCACAUCCUUCCACCGACUUCAGAGCGGCUGUUUGCCACACUCCACUGGCUUUCCUUAAUCAAAUAAUCCAUCUACCACUGCAAUGAAACGAGACGUGCAGUCUUUCAUGGAAAAAUGCCAGCUUGUGCGAGAAUCUAUGAAAAAAAAGCAAAUUAUUUUCAUGUCGUUUUGUACUUUCCAAGUGAAGCGAAUCUGCGGCUGUCUUCUUCUAAAUGUUGCUUUUGUGGAGGUGCAGGCGGACUCCUGUCCUGUGGUGUGCAGAUCAGCAUGCGGUCGGGCCGGUCUAACCAGAUUCUGUGAUAUUCCUCUGUGUGAAGGGUCCUGAAGCGGCAGAGGUGUUCACAGUUCCACCCUGAAUGUGAUGUUGUUACAACUUUACAGUAAAAAAAAAGAAAAAAAAAAAGAAAAAUCGGUUUGUUUUGUUCUUCUCUGAAUUAAACAGCAAUAUUUCCCAAAGGAAUCUACUCAAGAUGACCUUCCUGCAGCAAAACACCAGCCUCAGCGGAUCAUGUUUGUUCAUAAGGGGGCACACAACAUUUUACACACACACAAACACCAUCAGCUCCUCCUUUUUCUUCAUCUCCACCAUCAUCUUCCAGCCUCGCGCGACUUACAUUUUAUGCAUGUGACUCUUAAGGAUGUCGAUUUGCCACAGAAAUCCUGUCUGAGAGAAAAAGUGUUAGUUGAAUUGAAAUAAAUAAAGCUAGAAGAAUCUCA